AUGUCUUUCCAUUAUUUUUUUAUUAAUAGCAAGGGAAGGAGCCCCUCUCUCCCAGGCUCCCAGCAGCAUUGCACCGGAAAUUUUCGUAAAAUUAAAUCCAUAGUGUUCGACCUUUUUGAAGAAAACCAGUCAAAUUUGUAAAAAAUCGGCCGAUGUAGCAGACGGUCACAGACCGGGAGUGCCAAAUUCGUACUUGUAUACGGUAAUGGUUUAGGAAUGAACAAGCCUUAGGACAGUUCGACUGGUUCUAGCUCAAGUCAAGCCCUUUCACUGGUUCUAGCUCAUCAUUGUUGUAAAUCUCCCACUGUUUUCUUCUGUCGAUCGUUUUUAACUCUUUCUCCCUUCUUCCUUAAUCGGUGGCCUUAUCUUCUCUGGAAAGCCCGACGGUCAGGAGAAUCCUGAAAGUCUGAUAAUGUGGUAUCCGUAAGAAACUACAAGUGUAGGACUCCACCAGUCCAAUGGAACGUGCUUCUUGAGGUAUGCGUGGCAUCUUCCAUCCUCGACCGCUCAAUGGUUGUGCCUGGACCGUAUCAGGAGUUCCGACCUCCACUCGGUGCGUAUUGCACUCUCUGGUUUGUCGUGCGCCUGAGUCCUCUGCUCCUGCUUCGAAAUCCCAUCGAAGAUGGUUCUGGGAAGCUGCUAUCUGCGACCCCCAUCAUUAUGAUCUUCUUUUACAGUCCUGCAGUAGUGACUUGGAUGCACUGAAGCGGAUCCAUUCAUCCCUAACCACUAGCGGCCUCAUUCGAGGACGUCCGCGAUUGAGCUCCCGAGUCAUCUUCAACUAUUCUGGACUUGGAAUGUUGGAUGAUGCACGAUCGCUUUUUGAUGCGCUAGACUGCAGAGAUUCUUUUGUUUGGAACACCCUCAUCAGAGGAUACGCCAAUGCCGGCUCCUCCCAGGAAGCUCUCCAACUUUACGCGCUUAUGCACAACUCCGCCGUCCCAUCGGAUAACUUCACUUUCCCGUUUGCUCUCAAGGCCUGUGCGACGGCGUCACAGCUGCUCGAGGGCAAGCUGAUUCAUGGCCAAAUUCUUCGCACUGGCUUCGGGUCGGACGCCUACGUUGAAGCUGGUUUGGUCGAUAUGUAUGCCAAAUGCGGUGAUGUUAGAGCAGCCCGCAAAGUGUUCGAUAAAAUGUUCAGGAGAGACUUAGUUUCCUGGACGGCCAUGAUUACCGGCUAUGAGCAGUCCGAAUGUGCCGACGACUCCUUGGAAAUGUUUCUGAAGAUGCAGAAAGAAGGCUUCGUGCCGGAUUGCGUGACGUUGGUGACCGUUGCAUCGGCCGUUGCUCAGCUAGGGGCUCUUAAAGAGGCCAAGUCCAUCCACGCCUGUGUUAUUCGCAAUGGCUUCGAGGAGGACCUCUCGGUCGACAAUUCCCUUGUAUCCAUGUACGCUAGAUGUGGGGAUGUUGGUCUUGCGCGCAGGGUGUUUGAUAGAAUGUCGGAUAGAGAUCGCAUUUCUUGGAAUUCGAUGCUUUCGGGCUACAGCCAAAAUGGACAUACCAGGGAUUCUCUUCUGCUUUUCGAUCAGAUGAAACUUUCCGGUGUGAAGCCCAACUCUGUUACUGUGUUGACUGUGGUAUCUGCAUGUGCAUGCCUUGGAUCUCUGCAAGUCGGCAAGGCAAUUCACAGGUUUAUCAUUGAUAACGGGAUCGAGUUUGACAAUACGUUACGGAAUGCAAUUGUAGACAUGUAUGCAAAAUGUGGGGACUUGGACACUGCUGUCCAACUAUUCGAGACCAUGCAUGAAAGAAAUACGAGCUCCUGGAACGUGAUAAUCUGCAGUUAUGGGAUGCAUGGCUACGGAAAAGAUGCCGUCGCCUUGUUCUACCGUAUGCAAGACGACGGGUUCGAACCAAAUCACGUUACCUUUACAUGCCUCCUUUCCGCUUGCAGCCAUGCUGGACUCGUGGAUAAGGGCAGGGAAUGCUUCUACCUCAUGCGGCGGACAGGCGUGGUACCUACUGUGAAGCAUUAUGCCUGCAUGGUGGACAUGCUUGGCCGUGCCGGAUUUUUGGACGAAGCUCGCAACUUGAUAGCGGAGAUGCCAUCCCAACCAAAUGACAGUGUAUGGGGAGCCUUGCUGGGUGCCUGUAGAAUCCACAGGAACUUGGGACUGGGGGAGUACGCAGCAAAUAACCUGUUUCAUUUGGAGCCGGAUCACGCUGGUUACUAUGUCCUCAUGUCCAACGUCUAUGCUGCAUCUGGAAAAUGGAAGGAGGUGGGGAAACUGAGAGAGAUUAUGAGGUUUAAAGGAUUAAAGAAGCCGGCUGCGUGUAGUAUGAUCGAGUUUGAUGGAGAAGUUCACGCAUUCUAUUCGUCAGACCGUUCCUGCCCUGAUUUAGGACCGCUGUACAGGCAAGCAGAGACGUUGGUGAUGGAAAUAAGAGGGCUUGGUUACUUGCCUGACCGGAGCUGCGUGCUGCAUGAUGUUGAGGAUGAAGAUAAGGAACACAUUCUCAGUUUCCAUAGUGAGAAACUGGCGCUCGCUUUUGGUCUAAUGCAUACAUCUCCCGGCACACCAAUACAGGUUACCAACAAUCUCAGGGUUUGUUGUGAUUGCCAUAUAGUAUUCAAGUUUAUCUCUAACAUGUACAGGAGGAAGAUCACUUUAAGAGAUUCAAACCGUUUCCAUCAUUUUGAGAAGGGUGUUUGCUCAUGCAGGGAUUAUUGGUAAGAUCUGACGUUCCCACUUCAACCUAAUGCCACAGUUGGACAAGCAAACGUGUGACGCCUGCAGUUCAUAUGGCAAACACUCGCGAUGAUUGAACUUUUCCUGCUUGGGAUGGACUCCCAUGGCCUUUCUUUGUAUUCAUGUUCCUAUUUUUUUAUACGAUCAUUCUUUACUCCGUUUGUUGAACUUUUCAUGAAUUAACAGUGAUAUCCAGCGAUUGGAAAAGUUUCCAAGAGAACAUUUAUAAAAAAAUUAAGCUGAAAAGAUUUCCUUGUUA